AUGAUUAACAAAAUAUUUUAUGGGAGAAGUUUGUUUAAAAGUAAAACAUUUAAGGGAUUUUUCAGAAAAAUCGAAGAUAAUAAGCUAUUCCCAUAAGACACUAAAUAUGAGCUAAUUGAGUUGAAUAAUUAGCUUACUGUCGAUCCUGAUACAGUAGUCUGCUUCCGCUCAACUGAUUAACUAUUUUAUAAGAGACUAGUUGAAGAUGACCCAAUCAAAAAUACUCCUGGGUAUAUUGCAUUUAACUAACACUUACCAUGGUUUUUUACUAACUACUUAUCUCCUGAACAUCAUAAUUAUCACUUCAUCUUCUACUUUGAUGAGGCAAUUACAGACAUAGUUUAUAAAAAAGACAAUCAAUUCAUUUAAAUAGCAGGAUCACUUGAUUAUGGAUUUUACCUUGCAUAUCAUAAGCUCAGUCUUUACCUAGAAUUGCAUAACGAAAAAUAAUUUUUGUAGUCAAUUUAGAAUGAAGAACUAGGACAUAGCUCUAAAAUGAGAUAAAUUAGUUUGCUAAGCAAAAUAACUAGCAUAGAUUAAUUAGGCUUAGAGGAUGAGUAAAGAGUGGUUAAUUUUUAAAAUGAAAAUUUCUGCUUUUAAAUUGAGCCUUUCAUGCAAGAACAGAGAUCAAAAUUGUUCUUGGAACAAAAGACUAAAGUAUUUAAAUAAAAACUAAGCCAAGAUGUUAGCUUUUAAACAAAACAAGAAGUUGCGUUUAAUUUCGAAAAGCUUAUUUAUAGAUAAAUUUAUGAUAAAAUGCUCUCAAUUCGUGAGCAAUUUAACAAAAAGCACCCUAAUGAACAAUGUGUAAUACUUUUGUGUGGUAAAUUAACAUAUAAUAAAUAUUUUAGAUAGAUGGUAAAGUAAAUAUGCGAUAAAUUGAAUAUCAAAAUUAUACUCCAUGAGUAAAAAUACCACAAUAUUAUUCCUUACUUCAUAAAUCAAUGCUACACAUUCAAAGACAUCUAACAAAAUCCAUAAAACAUAUCUACUUUUAUGAAUGUGAGUUAUGGUGUGCAUAGACCAUUUUAACAAGUUUUAUGA